AUGUCUGGAUCAGGGUUCAGUUUCUCAGGCUCUGGCCAAGGAAAUACAGGGUUCUCAUUUGGUAACUCCCAGAACGCCUCCAAGCCCUCAUUGUUUGGAAAUCAGCCUGCCAAUACUAGUAAUGCCAACAACACGCAAACGUCGUCUGGAGGCCCCUUUGGACAAGCAAACGCUCCUGCUGACGGAGCUAAGGCCAAUUCAUCUUUAUUUGGUACACAGAGCUCAAACCAAGGAUCAAUUUUUGGCUCCGCAGCUCAAGGGAAUGCCGCAGGUGGAUCUAACACUGGAUCAACAGGUGCUUUUUCCUUUGGGAACAACCAGCCAGCUUCUAACAACGCAACAGCCCCUACAAACAAUACAUCAAAAGCGUUUAGUUUUGGUCAAGCGCCUGCGGCCUCAACAGCAUCAAACACGACCGCGUCUUUUGGAGGAAACAAUAAUCCCAGUGGUGCUUUUUCGUUUGGUUCAGGCGCUACCAAGACCGAUGGAGGCAGUAACAGUCUCUUUGGCAACAAGCCGGCCACUGAAAGUUCUGCAGCUAAACCCGCUUUUGGUUUCGGUGGUGCGCAACAGUCAGAUAAACCUUCUUUCGGGUUUGGUGCCACUGCCACCCAAACUACAGAUAAACCUGCAGCUACUGGGUUUUCCUUCAAUUCCAACCCGGUUGGCAAUUCGGAUGCAAAACCGGCAUUUAGCUUUGGCAACAAACCUGAAGAAAAGAAUGAUAAGCCAGCCUUCUCUUUGGGGUCUAAUUCUGGGGGUGCUACUGCCAGUAAGCCCGCACUAAGUUUCGGGGCCAGUAGCAGUGUCCAGCAGAGUGAUAGCAAGCCAAGUGCGUUUUCGUUUGGAGCACAGUCUGGUGAAAAAAAGGAUACGAGUGCAGGAUUUUCAUUUGGAGCUAAGGCUGACGAGAAAAAGGAUGACAAACCAGCUUUUUCAUUUGGUGCUAAACCUGACGAGAAGAAAGAUGACAAACCCGCAUUCUCAUUUGGUGCCAAAACUAACGAAAAGAAGGACGACAAACCAGCAUUCUCAUUUGGUGCUAAACCGGACGAAAAGAAGGACGACAAACCAGCAUUCUCAUUCGGUGCCAAAACUGAUGAGAAGAAAGAUGACAAGCCAGCAUUUUCAUUCGGUGCCAAAACUGAUGAGAAGAAAGAUGACAAGCCAGCAUUUUCAUUCGGUGCCAAAACUGAUGAGAAGAAAGAUGACAAACCAGCAUUUUCUUUUGGAGCUAAGGCCGACGGAAAGAAAGAUGACAAGCCAGCAUUUUCAUUUGGUGCUAAACCUGACGAGAAGAAGGAUGACAAACCCGCAUUUUCAUUUGGUGCCAAAACUGACGAAAAGAAAGACGAUAAGCCCUCAUUCUCUUUUGGAGCCAAAACUGAGGUAAAACAAGACAAUAAACCAUCUGUCUCCUUUGGUGCAAAACCAGAAGAAAAGACCAGUGACAAAAGUAAAGAUGAUUCGAAGCCUGCAUUUUCCUUUGGAGCUUCUUCAACUACGAAAACUGAUGACACUUCCAAAGAUAAAACUCAAGAGACUAAAUCAGCCUCUUCUACUACUUCAGGUUUCAGCUUUGGCAAAACUGAGUCAAAGAGUGAAACAGCUGAGACCUCAGAUAAACAAGUCAACGUAAAAACCCAGGAUAUACAAGCUAAACCAAUGUCAAUCAAAAAUAAGACUUUGGAGGAUUUAAUUACAAAGUGGACAAACCAAUUGACAACAGCAACAUCAACCUUUGAAAAGUAUGCUAAAGAUAUAAAUACAUGGGAUUCGAUCUUAGUUUCCUCAGGAGAGAAGCUAACCCAACUCUAUAAUGAUGCUGCUUUAGUGGAGCAAACGCAACAAAAGAUAGAUCAAAAUCUAACAUAUAUCGAGGGACAGCAGGAUGAGCUUGAGGCGUUAUUGGAUGGCUACAAUGCUCAAGCAGAGUCUCUUCUUUCUUCAGUGUCCUCUAGGAAUUUUGAAAAAUCCAAUGUUCAGUCUAAUGGAACGGGAAGCGAGCCACUUCUCACUAAUGAUCAAAUAAGGGAAAGAGCAUUUCACACAGCAGAAUUAUUGGAAGACAGGUUGGACUUCCUAGGAGGAAACUUGUCAUCACUAGUUAACGAGAUUAAUAACAUCAGCGAUACCUUCAAUAAGACACUAACUAACGAUACCACUGCUGGACCCGACGUUGAUGACAAUGAAAAUAAUACAGUUGAAGAUAUCUUGCAACUGCUGAACACGCACCUCGAGAGUCUCAAAUGGAUUGAGACGAACGAGCAAGAUCUCAAGAAUAAACUGAAGAUAUUAAAGGAAAAUGGACUGUAA